AUGAGAUACUAGUAACUCGCAACCUUAUCACUGAUUGGUCUUGCUGCCAUUUCAGCUUUUAGCAUGGAUGGUCUCCCUAGAAGAGAAGUCCAAAAGGGCAAAUUCGGCGCAAUGGAAGUCGUUGACUGGUUUGUCCACGGCAUGACCAAGACUGUUUAUCUCCCAUAAAAAGAUCUCCUGUAGGAUUAUGAGAGACAAACAAUGAAUCUACAGCAAGCUUUGAUUCAGGGUAAAGUCAACAAAGAAAAAAUGAGCUCUGAUAGAAUCUACAAGUGCGACAACAGAAUGGAGAAUCAAGGAUAGGAUCCAGAUGAAGCAGCUUACUUCUUCCCCGUCGGAGUUGGGUCUGUUGGGCCAGAUUAAACCUCUGUUACUUAUGGAAAUGGCUUCUGCUUCAAAAAUAUUACUUUCUCCUAUCAAUAAACUGGAGAUGAAAAUGAUAUUGGUGAUGUUAUCGUCACUGUCGAUACCGAGAACGCUAACAGCUUAUUCUGUAAGGAUUGGUUCCUCUUCGGAAAUGCUGAAUUCCAGCACGUUGAAACUUUCUUCUUCCACGGAAAGCAUCAAGUUACCUUUAAAAAUCUAAGCCCAGAGGCUAAAAUUACAAUUCAAAAGAAAGGUAUCUAAGUUUUCAUGUUCUGCGAUGGCUAUAUUGAUACCUUCAUCUCAGUUUUCAACUUUGCUCUUGCUUUCAUUGGCGGACUUGGCACCAACCCAGAUCUACCAAUUAUUGGCUCUCACGUCCCAGAAUACAUGGAAUAAGCUAACCUUAACUUCUUAAAUGAGACUAUGGGAUACCAACUAGAAAAGAGAGAAAUUCAAACUGUUGAGAUUGAUGAAAGCUUAAUCUAAUCUGGUGACUUCCUAGCAAUCAUGAGACUCGAUGGUGUUGAUCCAAUCAUCAUGUAUGGAUCAGGUACACAUGCUGGCCACUCAACUAUGGCCUUGAGAUUUGAAGAUGGCGAGCUCUACGUUGUUGAGAGUCAAGACGGAUGGUACUGGCCAAAGCAUGGAAUUCAAAAAAAUAAGUUCUCCCAAUGGAUUGAAUGGGCCAAGAAUGCUGACUUCCAUGUUUCCCACUUACCACUUAACGCUGAAGCUAGAGCCAAGUUCAAUGAGACUGCUGCCAGAGAAUUCUUCAACCAAACUGAGGGUCUCCCAUACGGCUAUCACAACUUCCUCUUUGGAUGGAUCGAUACCCCAGAAGAUAAUCUCCCUCCCAUUAUUCCACCUGGUCUUGUUCCAGUUGUUUUCUCUGUUCUUGAAAAAUUCACUCCAUCCACUGUUGACAUUUUCUUCAAUCAAGCUCUUAACCACAGACUCAACACUACUGGCCUCAACAUCGAGGGUAUUGCUGCUGAAGCAGCCUAAAGAAAUUUGACUGUUGAGCAACUUAUGGCUCAAGUUGAAGUUGAAGGAUGGAACUACACUGGUCUCUAAAAUGACGGAAGAGCAUACGUUUGCUCUGCUUACGUUGCUGCUCUCUACCAAGCUGCUGGACUUUUCCCAGGCAAGAUUAAUGGCCCAGAAUUCACUCCAAGAGAUGUUUAUACUCUUAAUGUCUAUGACUUGAACUACAACAGACCAGAUGCCUGUGUUAAAGCUGACCCAACUCUACCAUAUUGCCAACUCCUAGGAAAAUACAGAAUGACCCUCCCAGGUUACUCAACCAUUUCUCCUUACGCUCACAUGUCAGAGAAAUGCCCAACCAUUGCCCCAGACUUUGUAAGACCAGACAAAUGUUGA